AUGGAGCUCUACUCGUCCAACGCUGACCCGCGCAACACCGACCUCACCGACAACCGCGGCUUCCUCGUCUACCGCAUCUCCACCAACAGCAGCUUCGCCUCCAGCGGCACCUCUACCAUCUCCCGCUUCGUGCCGGGACAAGGCGGCCAGCCGCAGCCCGUCAUCAUCGCGCAGAUCGAGUGGCACUCGUUCUCGCCUACCAUCUUCCGCUUCCGCGGUACUGCUCUCAAAGAGAAGCAGUAUAUCCCUGGACAUGGUUUCGUCACGCGCCAGCGCACAUUUACCGCUGGAAGUGGGCGGUCGUACACCUGGUCCACGAACGUCCUCAACGUGACCGGCGGUCACGAAGUCGCGCGCUGGCACAACAAGUCCGGCGGAUUCUUCUCGGGCAGGUCGCAUCCCGCGUAUGUCCAAAUCGCCGGCGACGCCAUCCAAGACUUGGACGAGGUCAUUCAGACCUUGGUCUAUGUCCAGGGCAAGGCGCGCGACGACAACGACGCCGGUACAUACGGUGCCAUUGGCGCUGCCGGUGGUGUGGCGGCAGUAGUGUCCUAG